CCCCUGGGACUCCAAGGGCAAGGGAGGGUAUGGCAGCGCUACCAGCUCGCGUUGUGCUGCUCACCGGCUCCAACCGUGGCAUCGGGCUGGAGCUGGUGAAGCAACUGCUGAGUGGGCCCCGGCCCCCUGCCUGGAUCUUCGCAACAUGCCGGGACCCCGAGGGGCCACGCGCCCAGGAGCUGAGAGAUCUGACAUCUAGGCAUCCAAAUCUGGUUCUUGUGAAGCUGGAUGUUGCAGAUCCCUCAGCCAUUAUCAAUGCAGUGAAGAUCGUGGAGGGGAAGCUGAAUGGCGCAGGCCUGAAUCUGCUGAUAAACAAUGCUGGCAUUUAUGCCCCAGUGACGCUGGAGACAGUGGACUCUGAAGAGAUGAUAAGGGCAUACAAGACCAAUGCAGUGGGGCCACUGCUGAUGGCCCAGGCAUUCCUUCCCCUGCUGAAGAAGGCUGCCCAGGACAGCACAGAGAAGGGACUGAGUUGCAGCAAGGCAGCCAUCAUCAACAUCUCCACCAUUAUGGGGUCCAUCCAGAAAACAUCUGAGUCCUUCUGCAAGCCUGUCAUCUCCUAUCGCUGCAGCAAGGCUGCCCUCAACAUGCUUACCAAGUGCCAGGCUCUGACCUAUGGGGAAACCGGAAUCCUCUGCGUGGCGCUUCACCCUGGCUGGGUGAAAACCGACAUGGGCACCCAGGAGGCUGACCUGACAGUGGACAAAAGUGUGCGGGGGCUGCUGUCUGUACUGCCGAUUCUGUCUGAGAAGCACAGCGGGAGCCUGCUCAACUGGGAAGGCAAAGCUAUUCCUUGGUGAGAGGCAGCACAGCCUGCCCCUGCAAGAGACCACACAAUGCCAGGAGACUCUAGGUAUACUGAAUCUCCUGCUCAGCCCUCUGUGGCCUUCAAGUAAGCUGCCUGGGAUGGACCACCCCACCCCAGGCACGUGGGACAGUCUGUGAUCCCUGUGUUGGAGUUACUAAUAAACAUAGUGCAACCAAUA